UUAUUUGCCCCAUUCCUCUCUCUCUGUGUGUGUUUACUUCCAUCUUCUCUUUCACUCCAACAUCAAAAUCAAAAUCAAAAUCCCCAAAUUCUCUAUAAACCCUAGAUUGGAAUCCACAUCGCGCAACCAACAAUUUCCUUGCUUCGUGUCGGUGCUUCUUCUCCAUGCGUCUUCUUCGGGGAAAUUGUUGAUUUUCAGGGUGCUGUGUCGUGUUCCAUUUGUUGAAUCAAGGUUUCUGGUUGAAUCUUUGUGGGUUUCUUGAGUAUGCAUAGAUCUGGAGCUACGAUGGCUUGGAACGUGUUCAAGUUCUGCACUGCUCUGCGAGGACUGGGCUCGAUCAUGAUCCUAUUGGUCCUUGGUGUCGUUGGUGUUACCUACUAUGCUGUUGUUGUCACCAAUUACGUCCCUGCUUUGUAUGCUGGAGGGCUUGAUUUUCUUAUUUCCAUGCUGGUGUUGAUCUUGUUUCAUGCUUUGUUGGUUAUGCUAUUGUGGAGUUACUUUUCUGUUGUAUUUAUUGAUCCGGGAAGUGUACCACCAAACUGGAGGCCUAAAGUUGAUGAAGAAAGAGGAGAGGCUGACCCAUUAGUUGGGUCAGAAUUUAGUAAUGUGCAGAGUGAUUCGUUAAAUGAACGGACACGGUAUUGCCGGAAAUGCACCCAGCUUAAGCCACCUCGAUGCCAUCAUUGUUCAGUUUGUGGGCGUUGUGUGCUAAAGAUGGACCACCACUGCGUGUGGGUUGUUAACUGUGUUGGAGCGCUAAAUUACAAGUAUUUUCUUCUUUUCUUGUUCUACACCUUCCUUGAGACAACUCUUGUGACUGCAUCCUUACUGCCACAUUUCAUAGCGUUUUUUAGUGAUGGAGAAAUUCCUGGAACGCCUGGAUCUCUUGCUACAACUUUUCUUGCUUUUGUUUUGAACCUGGCUUUUGCAUUGAGUGUCUUGGGAUUUCUUAUUAUGCACAUAUCAUUGGUGGCUGGUAAUACGACCACUAUUGAGGCAUAUGAGAAGAAAACUACUCCAAAAUGGCGGUAUGAUCUUGGUCGUCGAAAAAAUUUUGAACAGGUUUUUGGGAUGGACAAGAAAUACUGGUUCAUCCCUGCAUAUUCAGAAGAAGACAUACGAAGGAUGCCAGCUCUACAAGGUCUCGAGUAUCCAUCAAAACCCGACUUCGAUUCCCAGUAGUCCUAAAGGCCAGUAUAUACACUUCAUGUAACAAAAGACAUGCAGACUCCAGAACCCUCUAAAUUCACACUCUAACAAAAUCUAUCGUGUAAGUAAAAUCCAGGCUCCUAGCAAUUCAUCUGCUGCACAGACACAUGGUGUGAUUUAAAAAAAAAUGUUUUGUGAAGGUGUCUGUGCCAAGUUGAAAGGAAAGGAGCAAUGAGGGGGAAGGAACAUAUGGACGGGUUGUGUUUGUCUUUGAGUUCCAGAUAACGUCAGGAACUUUUCCUCAAGCAAUGCAAUUCUCUUAAUUUCUUCCAUUCAAUUUUUAGUAUACUAGCAGUUAAGUGCUGGAAUUGAUUCUCUACUCGGUACUUCUUGUUGAUCAGCCUCUUUGAACUUUAUUAAUUUCAUUGAGAUAGUCCUUGAAUUUAUUUUUAAAAUUCUGUUAAGUCAGUUCUUUUUCUUUUUGUUUCUAGUUCCUAGAAUGGACAAAGUUCUUAGUUCUGUAAAUUCUAUUACUGGUUUUUGUGUUUUAUGUAUUUGGCUCCUCUAAAACGGUGUGUAUCUUAGAAAAUAAGGUGUGAAAUUAUUUUAGAAAUUAUAAUCCUUGGUUGAAAAAUUAAUGGAUGAAUGUUUGACAA